AACAUGGCCGAAGUGAGCAGCGUCAACGUAGCCAGCGGCAGUGAGGAAAAAGGGCCUGAAGGGUUGUCUCAGGAACUUCCGCGCCCUGGUACUACCAUUUCAAGGGUGAAGCUUUUUGACACCAUGGUGGACACCUUUCUCCAGAAGCUGGUCGCUGCUGGGAGUUACCAGAGAUUCACUGACUGUUACAAGUGCUUCUACCAGUUGCAGCCUGAGAUGACACAGCGCAUCUAUGACAAGUUUAUAACUCAGUUGCAGACAUCUAUCCGGGAGGAAAUCUCUGAAAUCAAAGCAGAGGGGAACCUGGAAGCUGUCCUGAAUGCCUUGGAUGGAAUUGUGGAAGAAGGCAAGGACCGCAAGGAGACGGCCUGGCGCCCUAGUGGGAUCCCUGAGAAAGAUCUGCGCAGCACCAUGGUGCCCUACUUCCUGCAGCAGCGGGACAUCCUGCAGCGCCGUGUACAGAAGCAGGAGGCCGAGAACAGGCAGCUGGCAGAAGCUGUCCUGGCUGGGCGCAGGCAGGUGGAGGAGCUGCAGCUGCAAGGCCAGGCCCGGCAGCAGGCCUGGCAGGCUCUACACAGAGAACAGAAGGAGCUGAUGGCCGUGCUGAGGGAGCCUGAGUGAAGAAGAGAGGGCCAGGCCCGGGAGCAGAGGGCAGUCAAGGACAAAGGCCUGUGGUCCAGCAUGCUGAGCCUGAGUGAGCUGC